AAACACGCUCUGACCGGAAUGAGAAAUCCAACAGCACCCUGUGCUGUGAGCGAGUUGGCCGAGCUGGUCCUGCCGUGGCUGCCGCCGCCGGACCUUGCCGCCGCGGCUUCAGCCAGCCGCGCCCUGCGCGCAGCCACGUCUGUCGUCACCGCCCGCCGCGCCGCUGACUCAUCCCGCGGCCUGGAGGCCGUCCCUGUCCCCUUCGACAACCCCAUCGACUCUAAGCCCUACGCCUACUUCCUCUACACCCCCUUCUCCCUCAUCCAUUCCCCAGCCUCCUCCACCAAUCUCCAGCCGUGGGGCUGCGCAUGGGCCCAGCCGCCAGGCCCCACCUGGCCCCGCCCCCACCUAGGCCUCCCCUCGGCUGGAUGCGGGUGCGCCGCGGAGGAGUGCGGCGGCGCGGGGUGCGCGUGCGCUGAUAUGGAGGCCGAGAUGGCGGAUGCCCUGGGGGCGGGGAUGGGGAGCCUCAGGGAGUGCGGCGACGGGUGCGCGUGCGGGCCCUUGUGCGGGAACCGGCGAACGCAGCGCGGCGUCACGGUGCGGUUGCGCGUCGUGCGUCAACUGAAGAAAGGGUGGGGGCUGCACGCCGCCGAGGCCCUUCACCGGGGGCAGUUCGUCUGCGAGUAUGCCGGUGAGUUCUUGACAACAGAAGAAGCACAGAGACGGCAGAGGCUGUACGAUGAGCUUGCCUCUGUCGGUAAGCUCUCUCCUGCACUUCUUGUCAUACGAGAGCAUCUUCCUUCUGGGAGAGCAUGCUUGCGAGUUAACAUUGAUGCAACCAAAGUGGGAAAUGUGGCUCGUUUCAUCAACCAUUCAUGUGAUGGAGGCAACCUGCAGCCUGUCUUAGUAAGGAGCUCCGGUUCAUUGCUACCAAGGCUCUGCUUUCUGGCUGCUAGAGAUAUAGUGGAAGGGGAAGAGCUCACCUUUAGCUAUGGGGAUGCUAGACUUAGGCCUAAGGGCUUACCGUGCUUCUGCGAAAGCUUGUGUUGUCCUGGCGUACUUCCUGCUGAAGAAACCUGAGUUCAUACCAUCAGUUGUAAUUUCCUUCCAAGCAAAUUUGAUGGUUUACUCUCUAGAGUCUAGACAAGAAUGUUGGGCUGAGGAGAAGAUAUUCAUUCAUCCCAUUGGUUGUAAUUCCUUCCCAUCAAAUUUGAUUAUGUAUUUCUUCAUGCAAUCAGUUGUAACUGCUUCCUCAAAACAUUGAUCAUGUACUCCUUCCUUACUAUGAAUUGGUUCCAGGGGAAGUAAAAUUGCA